CUCUCAACCACUGCACCACCAGGGAAGCCCCUUUGCCCAUUUUUUAAUCUUGUUAUUUAUUUUGUUAUUGGGUUGUAGGGGCUCUUUACAUAUUAACCCCUUAUCAGAUACAUGGUUUGCAAAUAUUUUCUCUCCUUUCUUGACUUUUCACUGUUGAUUCUCCUGUUGCACAGAAAUUUUUAAGUUCGAUGUAGUCCCACUUGUCUAUUUCGCCUGUGCUUUUGGUGUGACUCUUUUACUUCUCUUAGGGCCAGACUUUCAUCAGGAUAGCUUGGUUGUGAUUUUUGCCUUCCUUUCCACCUCAGUACUCUCUAGCACAUUGUUUUGUUUUGUUUUUAAAUAAAUUUAUUUAUUUAUUUUUGGCUGCCUUGGGUCUUCGUUGUGGUACGCAGGCUUCUCAUUGCCGUGGCUUCUCUUGUUGCCGAGCACAGGCUCGCGGGCUCUAGAGUGCAGGCUCAGUAGUUGUGGCGCACAGACUUAGUUGCUCCGCGGCAUGUGAGAUCUUCCCGGACCAGGGCUCGAACCCCUUGUCUCCUGCAUUGUCAGGCAGAUUCUUAACCACUGCACCACCAGGGAAGUCCUAGCACAUUGUUUUACAGGGGUGUUGGCUAAUUACUAUUGGUUCUCUGAUGGGAUACACCCAGAAUUACCUUAAUUUUUCUGGAAUCAUUCCCAUGGAAGGUAAUGGGAGGCCUGUGUGAGAGGGGGUUGUUUCCUCCCAUUUUCUCACUUCUUUCCCUUUCAUCUCCCCUUUUUCUCCCCUUCCAGAAUCUCCUCUGGGGCCUCCUCCUUCCCUCUCCCACCCUCCUCGUGAGUGGGGCAGUGGUCUCUGAGACAAUGACAGGUCAGCCCAAGGGCUGACUCCAGACCAAUGAGCGCUUCUGGGUUCCAGAUGGACCAAUUAGCUUAUUAGGGACAUUGAAUACCUGUAUGGCUGGCAUCUGUCCCAUUGUCCUCUUAUUAACGACCCUCUUGUCCAUCAAGGAUUUGAAUGUGUAAAUGAAGCCGUAUUCUCUCUCCCAUUUUUUUUUGUUUUGUUUUUAAAUUUUGGUGGCUUUAAUCCAUCCCCACAACUUCUGCCCAAGGCCAAUAAAACACAGCCAUUCUCCCUUUGUAAAAAGAAAGAGGGGUUGGGUUUCCUUCAAUUGUCUGCCCUUUUCUGUCUCCUCCACUAUUUUUGUUUUACUCUGUAGUUAACUUUGCAUAGAGCAGCUUCGCCCGAGGACCUGUGCGGUGGACCUAGGCACUCUUUUCUCACUGCCGGUUGCAACCGCCUUUUCGUUGUUCUAAUCUGGGGGUUUGUGGGACCAGGGGCUUGGCGGCUGGGAGAAGAGUUUGGCCAGAGCCUUCCUUCUGCAUUUCACACACAUUCUGCUCUCGCUCUCUCUCUCUUACUUACACACACACACACACACACACACACACACACACUCUCACACACACCCGUUCGGGCCCCUCUCCGUGUGUCUUCCUUCAAGAUGACAGGGCGCUGGAGAAAAGGCUGCUGGAAUCAGCUGGUGAAAGCCCAGCCUCUGCGGUUCUUAAUGCCUCAGCAGGAUUAUUUUCACUAAAGAUGGAAACACUGGAGUCUGAAUUGACCUGUCCAAUCUGCCUAGAGUUGUUUGAAGACCCCCUUCUGCUCCCUUGUGCUCACAGCCUCUGCUUCAGCUGUGCCCAUCGCAUCUUGGUCUCGAGCUGCAGCUCUGGUGAAUCCGUUGAACCCAUUACUGCUUUCCAGUGUCCUACGUGCAGGUAUGUUAUCUCACUGAACCACCGGGGCCUGGACGGCCUCAAGAGGAAUGUGACUCUGCAGAACAUUAUUGACCGCUUCCAGAAGGCUUCCGUCAGUGGACCCAAUUCCCCAAGUGAGAGUCGCCGGGAGAGGACUUACAGGCCCAGCAGCGCCAUGUCUAGUGAGCGAAUUGCUUGCCAGUUUUGUGAGCAGGACCCGCCAAGGGAUGCAGUGAAAACAUGCAUCACCUGCGAGGUCUCCUACUGUGACCGUUGCCUGCGGGCCACGCACCCCAAUAAGAAACCUUUCACCAGCCACCGCCUGGUGGAACCAGUGCCGGACACACAUCUUCGAGGGAUCACCUGCCUGGACCAUGAGAAUGAGAAAGUGAACAUGUAUUGUGUAUCUGAUGACCAAUUGAUCUGUGCCUUAUGCAAACUGGUGGGGCGUCACCGAGACCAUCAGGUCGCGUCCCUGAAUGAUCGGUUUGAGAAGCUCAAGCAAACUCUGGAGAUGAACCUCACCAACCUGGUUAAGCGCAACAGUGAACUAGAAAAUCAAAUGGCCAAGCUAAUACAGAUCUGCCAGCAGGUUGAGCCUCCAUUAACCAUCAUGAUCUACCAGAGGCCGGAGAGCUUCCUAUCUGUGGUGCUUCAAUGCCCUUGCAUCAUUAAUAUCAUCAUCUCUACCCUUCUUCUAGGAGUGGAUCUUAUGAGGGAGGUGAAUACUGCUAUGCAUGAGGCAAAACUUAUGGAAGAAUGUGACGAAUUGGUAGAGAUCAUCCAGCAGAGGAAGCAAAUGAUUGCUGUCAAAAUCAAAGAGACAAAGGUUAUGAAACUGAGAAAGUUGGCACAGCAGGUUGCUAAUUGCCGCCAGUGUCUUGAACGCUCAACAGUCCUCAUCAACCAAGCUGAGCAUAUCCUGAAAGAAAAUGACCAGGCGCGGUUUCUCCAGUCUGCAAAAAAUAUUGCUGAGAGGGUCGCUAUGGCAACUGCAUCUUCUCAAGUUCUGAUUCCAGACAUCAAUUUUAAUGAUGCCUUUGAAAACUUUGCUUUAGAUUUUUCCAGAGAAAAGAAACUGCUGGAGGGGCUAGAUUAUUUAACAGCCCCAAACCCACCAUCUAUCCGAGAGGAACUCUGUACUGCUUCCCAUGACACCAUUACAGUCCACUGGAUCUCGGAUGAUGAGUUCAGCAUCAGCUCCUAUGAGCUUCAGUACACCAUAUUCACUGGCCAGGCUAACUUCAUCAGUAAGUCAUGGUGUAGUUGGGGCCUGUGGCCAGAGAUAAGGAAAUGUAAGGAAGCAGUAAGCUGCUCAAGAUUGGCCGGGGCGCCACGAGGCCUGUAUAAUUCCGUGGAUAGCUGGAUGAUUGUGCCCAACAUCAAACAGAACCAUUACACAGUUCACGGACUUCAGAGUGGGACACGCUACAUCUUCAUUGUUAAAGCCAUAAACCAAGCAGGCAGCCGGAACAGUGAGCCUACCCGACUCAAAACAAACAGCCAACCCUUUAAACUGGAUCCCAAAAUGACUCACAAGAAGUUGAAGAUCUCCAAUGAUGGACUGCAGAUGGAGAAGGAUGAAAGCUCUCUGAAGAAGAGCCAUACCCCAGAGAGGUUUAGUGGCACAGGAUGCUAUGGGGCAGCAGGAAAUAUAUUCAUUGACAGUGGCUGCCACUACUGGGAGGUGGUCAUGGGUUCCUCAACGUGGUAUGCAAUUGGCAUUGCCUACAAAUCAGCUCCCAAGAAUGAAUGGAUUGGCAAGAACGCCUCCUCAUGGGUCUUCUCUCGAUGCAAUAGUAACUUCGUAGUCAGACAUAACAACAAGGAAAUGCUGGUGGAUGUGCCACCACAGUUGAAGCGUCUGGGUGUCCUUCUGGAUUAUGACAACAACAUGCUGUCUUUCUAUGACCCAGCUAACUCUCUCCAUCUUCAUACUUUUGAUGUGACCUUCAUUCUUCCAGUUUGUCCAACAUUCACAAUCUGGAACAAAUCCCUGAUGAUCCUGUCUGGCUUGCCUGCCCCAGAUUUUAUUGAUUACCCCGAGCGGCAGGAAUGCAACUGCAGGCCUCAAGAAUCCCCUUAUGUUUCUGGGAUGAAAGCUUGCCAUUAAGUUUCAAGAGAGCGUAUAAUUCACUGGCUCUCCAGUUCAGCAGUUCUUCCCCUCCUAAACCUCAGUUAGUGUCCAAUAUACAAGAUACAAAAAUAAAGUUCAUUUGAAGCAUCCAAAAUAACUAGAUAUUAUAGAUUUAAUUUUUGUGCAUUAAAGCUUGUAUUUGAAUUAAUGUAUUGAGUUUCUCAGAACAAAUUAUCUGAGUAGUCUGGGUUCAAGCCAUUGGAGAAGAAAUUUGAAGAAUGCUUCUCUUGUCAUUGGAGAAUUAAAAUUAAAAUUAAAAUUCCCAGUGAUUUAGGAGUAUAAAUGAUAUUGGAAGGGAUUAGGGUCAUUCUAGGUAAAUAAUGUAGAAAGAUGCUCUGCACAAGGGGCUAGCCAGCUGGAGAGCAGGGGUGUGUCAGCCUUGCUAGUACUGGCCAAUUAGGCCAAGUAGAAUUUUGAAGUGUCAAAUGAUCCCAUAUUAUAUGUAGCUUUUUAUGAGAAAACCUACAAUCAAUGAUUUAUUAUGAAGAAAACAUGUCUGUGUAUAUAUAAUAUAUAUAUAAAAUGAAUAAAUAAUAUAUAUUAUAUAUUCAUUUUAUAAUUAUAUAUACAUAAUAAACUUUUUAAUUUAGUCAUUUGCGUGAGAAAUAUACUGGAAGGGAAAAUAAAUUAUACCAUCCAUUUUUGUCCCCUAAAGGGUACAUCAAAAUCAGUCAACAUUUCUCCCCCCCUCCAUUCAUCCCUCCCUUCCUCCCUCCCAUCACACACACACAUGCACAUGCAAUAAUGACAUAGAUGGUGGGAAGAGCUCUAGGUUGGAUCAGGAGAGAUAGGGAGACAAGACUGCACAAGAGAUGCUAUUGCUGGAUAGGAAAUUGAUCCAGGUAGAUCUGUUAUAUGUAGCACAGUUUCAUCUGCUACCUAAUGGAGGAGGUUUGUCCGAAUUCUUGAAAAUUCUGUCACAGAAUAUUUCAAAGAAGUACAGUUUUCUUACUCUCAAGUACAUACAGUUACUAGAAUUAGGCUUAAAAAAAGACUUGCAUAAUGGAGGUUCUUUAGGAACCUUCUUUAUUUACUUACUCAGUAAGAAUGGAGUGUUGUAGAUGCAACAACUAUUUGCAUAUAAAUGUACUUAUAUUUUCAGAUAAAACACUUCUGAAGUGCUUAAGAAUGCCUGAGAAUAGUUUGUUUUCUUAAACAGGUUAAAUAAUCAUUCUUCCCGCAAUCUUAUUUACACUAUUCAUUUGCUUAGCCAACCCUUCAUGGCAAAUGCGGAUGUAAGCUUCAACCCAGUCCUUAAUCACUAUGGUGGAAGGGAAUCAAGCUUUAUGGUCUGUGCUUCUGUCAGUUCCGCUGCUGGGAUUGGGAGUGUCAGCACCAGAGCUUUCUCCUUUCAGGAGCUGAGCCGGCUUUAAGGAGUCUACUAAUUGGGAGUCGUGAAAAUAUUGUUGUUGCACAACGUGUUAGUUGUAACAAGUCCCCAGAUCGGAGCCUUGAAACAAUGCCAAAACUUCUCCCCCUCUUCCUUUCCACAGCCUUUGGUGGACGUUCAUUCAUUAAUUCAUUCAACCAACUAUUAGAUGCCAGGUACCACGCUGAAGCUGACCUAUUGGUAAUCCACAGCCCCUGCUGUCAAAUGACUUAUUAUUCUGUAGGAGAGACAAAGUGUCUAUACAAAUCCCCUAAGGAACAGUUUCGUAUUGUUUGUACACCUAACAUGGAAAGCAAGACUGAUGCAGCUACAGAUGGCAGGCUCAAACUUACCUAUCUAGUGGCAAAGUAAGGUUUUUUGGUUUUAAAAACCCUACGUACUUACUGCUAAUCAGGAAAUGAGCAACCUCGGUAAGAUUCAGCAGUGCUGGGAAAUAGCUUGCAGUGAUGGAAAGCUCAUCAUAGCCUUCAGACUAAAAUAAUCUAUUUCCUCUGCCAUUUACUAGCUGUGUGACCCAGGGCAAGUACUUCACUUCUCUGAGCCGCUGUUUCCUCUUCUGUACAAUAAUACCUACCUCACAAGGCUAUUGCAAAGAUGAAAAAAAGAUAGCACAUUGAAACUGCUUAGCACACACCCAGCAUUUAGUUAAGUAUGGCAUUAGUAUGGCAUACUUAACUAUUAAGCAUGGCAUUUAGUUAAGUAUGCAACAAAUAUUAAUCUCCUCCGCUCAGCCCCAGGCCCAGUACAGUGUAGCAGUGCUUUAAAAUGGAUGUCUUUCAUUUCUAAGUUACUCUAAGUCUCUCCUCUAGAGCCUAUCUCCAAAUUCUUAAACAAAACAGAUGAUUUUAACCCCUUCAUAAAAUCUUUCACGGGCUCCCAUAGCAUUCAGUAGAAAGUCCCAGUUACUUACCCACUUUGGCUUUUCAAGUCCCUAUUUGCUUUCCCAGCUUCGUCUUUUGCCACCUUCCCCCUCACACUGAUUACUCUAGCCAAACUUAACGAUUUUCACAAGUUGUUCUCUGGGCCUGGAAUAGAGACAUUAGUAACAAUUUUGAUGCCCCGAGUAAACAGUAGGAAUUGUUCUUAAAUUAAGGGAAUAGUGUGAAAAUGCUGUAAGUGCAGAACACUCCACCUUCACCCCAGUCCGAUUUUCUUUACCUUGGCCUUGGGACUCCCAUGCCAUUCAUUUUUGUGCCUUUUAGAUUUUACUGACCUGAGACAAAGCUUCAGUUUCUCCACCCUACUUUUGACUCUAGCCUGGACUUGCUUUCCCCACCUCUACCCCACUAGACUAGAUUAACUCCUGAACCCCUAGGCUGGAUUAUGUUCUCCAGCUCCCAUGGCACCCUGAGCACUACCCCCUCUCAGCAAUAAUCACAUUGUAUAGCAGUGUUUUUCAAAGUGUGGUCCUCAGACCACCUGUUAGAAUCAUUUUUGGUGUUUGUUAAAACAGUUGAUUCCUAGACCUCACCCUCGAUCUUCUUAAUUAAAACGUCUGGGCACAUAAGUGGAAUUUUACAUUUUUAACAAGCUCCCCCAGGUAAUUCUGAUGCACACAAAGGUUUAACAUAUAAGAAUCGUCUUCCCCACUAGACUGUGAAUACCUUGAGGGCAAAGACUGUGUCUUUUGGUUUUGUUGUUGUAUUUUCAACACCUGACACAGGGUGUGGAACAGAGAGUAGUUGCCUGGCUAAUGUUAAUUGCAUGAAUGUAUGAGUGAACAAAUGAAUAAUCAAAGUUUCCCUGUUGUACUCUGAUAUCCAUAUUGGUGUUUGUUGUUUUCUGGGCAGAAAUGCUUGGCCUCUUCUCCAUUUGGGCUGUAUUGAUAUUAUUUUGCAAAUGUCCUAGGACUCAUACAUAUAAAUGAGUAUUGUCUGCCUCAAAAGCUCUUUUGGAAGUUGACUUGGGGAAUUGUCUGGAGCAUGUGGCACCGUUCUUUUCCAUAACCUUUCAGUCUUUUCAAACUUUGAAUGUGGAUUUCAGUUUUGGUCAUAGCCCAAAAUCACUCAGAGCUAAGUCUACUGAAUAAAGUAGGAAAAUAAACUGGGUUUGGGGUAAGCAAUGAAGUUUCUGAGCCGAAUAAUUAAAACUGCUUUCCAAGAAAAAACAUGGUGGCAAAGUAUUCAGUGGGGGUGUGGUGAGUCCCAGAUACUUCAGUAAACUUAAGACUUUCAUAGAAUACUGUCAAUGCCAGGUACCUUAAGAGAAGUCAUUGACUACCUCUAGCUAAACCCAGUUGGACAAAGGGAAUAGGACCUGUAUUUAACAUCUUCAAGGAAGGAGACUCCAUAAGUUUUCACUGUUGCUCUCCUCAGUCUGUUCUCGUACAAUGCUUUCUGCCAGCACAUUAUUCUUUCUGUCUGCAAUUUAUGCUUAUUUUCACUUUUUAUAUCGUCUUAUUGAAGAAAGCACAAAAAUAAUCAACAAUAAAGUUAAACAUGUUUUGAGAAUAUGAAAGAAAUUUUAAUGGCACAUUGGAGUUCUGGCUACUUGUAAGUAAGAGUAACUGCAUCUGUAUGUAUUUUUAUCAUACAAUUCCAUUGUGUAAACUUUGGAUGCAGUGAAUUUCAAAUUGCAGCAAAAUCACUUCUAUGUUCUUUUCGGCUAAAAUACGCUAGGUGAAUUUUCUAAGCUUCCAUGGUUUACAUAUUUAUAUAUGACUACCUGGUUGGAGCAAUCCACAGAUGGACUUUUUGAUAAGUGCAAAUAUUUGAUACCCUUUCUUCUACAGAAUGGAGAAUGUGAGGCUGACAGAUGAGAACUACUUCCACACUUAUUUUAAUUCCUGAAGCCAACUGCAGCCUCAGAGCCAUUGGGCUGUACUUUGUGUAUUACAGGUUGGCCAGGUUGACCGCCAUUAGGUCAGGUGAAACUGCCUUUUACAGUCUGGUCUGCCAGCUUCAGACAUAUGCUAUGUUGUUGUUCUCAGCUAGAAUAUUUAUUAGACUAUUAUUGGACUAUUUUUUAUCAAAUAUUUUAUCCCAGGCUUGUUUGUACUGGGAGCUCUGGACCAAUAGUGUCUCUCCUAGUGACAGAAAUCUGAGCAUCUGUGGAUUACACAGCCUCAUCCCUCUAAAAAAAAUAUCCCAGCCCAUUCAAAAUGCUAUAUUAUGAAUUAAAUAAAUAUAUAUGUAUUCAUGA